CCAGGAUUGAGCCAUGUCCACCGAGCUCUUUAAGAACAUCCGCGUGUACUGGACGGCUUUCGUCGCCUACUGGGGCAUCUUCCUGUUCGGAUAUGACACCGGUAUAGCGGGAGGAGUCGUAAAAUCAUUGUAUUUUCAGGUCGAAUUUGGCAUGCGGCCUGCAACAGGUCCGAGCGAUCCAGUCAGAAUCAACAAUAUCUCGCAAAAUGUUGUGUCUGUCCUUAUGGCGGGAGCAUUCUUUGGCGCCCUUGGCAGCGCACCAAUCUCCUCCACCAUAGGAAGACGAUAUACUCUACUUGGGUUCUCCUUGAUAUUUACGGUCGGUGCUAUUCUCACCACGGUCGCUGGCGGCAGCCGCGGAUUAGGGUAUAUCUACGGCGGACGUGUUGUUUCUGGAUUCGGGAUCGGUGGUAUCUCAGCUGUUGCCCCAGCCUAUGUAUCCGAAUGUUGUCCCAAAAACGUUCGUGGUCGUAUCACUGGUAUGUUCCAGAUCAUGGUGGCCUUGGGUGUCAUGAUCUCCUACUUUGUCAACUUUGGAAUCAGUGAGCAUGUCGCAAAUAGCUCGAAAGUAUGGAGGGUACCAUUCGGGUUCCAACUCGUGCCGGCUGGUAUGAUGGCCCUCGGCCUGCUGACCACCAAGGAGUCUCCCCGUUGGCUAGCUACCAAGGGCCGUACGGCAGAUGCUAUCAAAAAUCUUGCCUACCUCCGGAGAGCAGAUCCAGACUCAGAUGAAAUUCGCACAGAGUAUGUUGAGAUUGAGGCGGCUAUUAAUGAGGAACGCGAGGCGCGACGUGAUCUAGGGUUCAAGGAGGCGUUUCUUGGCAAAGGAAACUGGAUCAGGUUCUUGAUCGCGUUCUCCAUCUUCUUCCUCCAGCAAUGGAGCGGACAGAAUUCAGUCGGCUAUUACGCACCACAGAUUUUUGAAUCGAUCGGAUACGAAGGCAAUACAAACUCGCUCCUAGCUUCUGGCAUUUACGGUAUCGUAAAGGUCGUGGCCACCGCGAUCUUUGUGUUCUACUUGGCGGACUCCCUCGGUCGUAAGAUGUCGCUUUUCAUCUCCGCUAUGGGCAUGGGUAUUCUGUUCUUCAUUGUCGGUGCAAUCUUGAAGACACACCCACCUGAUGCCACGGCAGGCUCUGGUACGCCAGCGCCGGCGUCAAGGGCCAUGGCAGCGAUGAUCUAUAUAUACGUUUGUUUUUACUCCAUGGGCUGGGGGCCAUUGCCAUGGGUUUACGUUUCCGAUAUCUUUCCAACACGGACACGGCAUUACGGGUUGUCUGUGGCGUCAGCAUCGCAAUGGCUCUGGAAUUUUGUUGUGUCCAGAGUGACGCUCACCAUUAUCAAUAACAUCGGGUACAAGGUCUUUCUUAUGUUCGCCACACUCAACAUCGGCGCCAUGGCCACCUUUUCCUUAGCAAUUCCAGAAACAAAGGGACGCUCCCUCGAGGAGAUGGAUAUCAUCUUCGGCACCGUAUCUCUGGAACAGCGUCGUGCUGACAUCGCACAGCAAGAACGUGGACUGGAGCACGACAAGAACGAGACCACGUCAGAGCAGUCCAUCGAUCGCAAAGUUUGAUUGAAGCCUCGUGAGGACCUUCCUUGGAGCAACAUGUACUACUUACGUUACUUCGCGUUUGUGCUGCUGCUGACUAUGGCGCACAAUUUCCCCUUGUCUUUCUGAUCACGGCAUUUACUGCUGAUCUACUGUGAUGAGUAGACGACUUCUGUACACACAUCUGUAUUUUACGAAACGGUUGCCAUGCUUUUGGGAUUCCAAGUAUAUUUACUGGCCAUAAUUUCUAAGUCAUUCGUCAAAGUUG